AUGAGCUCUUCCAGAGACGACUUCAAGUACAGCUUCCAGAAGCCGAAGUCAUUUCUUAUCGAGGACAUCUUAGGCAAGGGAGAUUCGUGUGAGUCGGACUCGGAGGCGGCCGAGUCACGGUACUCGGAGCGGCGCCCCCCGACCGAUGACGCCGCUGCGCCACUGUCGCUCUUCCCGCCGGCGAUGAGCGCCGGAAUGGCCGCCGCAGCCGCCGCCGCGGCGUAUCUGCCGCACUAUCUGCACAAACCCGAGUCGACCGGCGCCGCCGGAUUCUUGUUCUCCGGACCACCCGGCUUCUCAGCAGGUCUGCCGUUCUCCACCUACUUUUCCACGGACGUGGGCCGCGUCUGCCGCCGCCGGAAGGCCCGCACCGUGUUCUCGGACCAGCAGCUCAGUGGGCUCGAGCUGCGAUUCAAGUCGCAGCGCUACCUGAGCACACCCGAACGAGUGGAGCUGGCCUCGGCGCUGAGCCUCACUGAGACGCAGGUGAAGACGUGGUUCCAGAACCGUCGGAUGAAGUACAAAAAGCAGCUGAGGCGGUCGGACGACAAACCUUCGUCGAUGGACCACGCCGACUCCCAGCUCAACCUUUACCUGGGCCGGGAGGGCUCUCCCUCGGAGCUCCUCCCCUCAGCCGGAGGAGGAGGAGGAGAGGAGGAAGAGGAGGACCGAGAAGAGGACAGCGAGGGCGACAUCGAUGUCACAGAAGACUGUCACCCAGUGUUCCGCUGAUGACUCUCCUGAACUAUGCGCCGCACACGUGCAAUAUUGAUGGUGAAAUUGUGUAAAUAUGGAAUGCUUGGUGCUCAGAGAACGUCACCAAAGAAGUGGUGAGUGAUUAGCUUAGCUAUUGAAAGCUUUUAUUGCAUUGUUGUUGUGCUUCACAUGAAACAGGCGGUUCUUAGAAAGCAAGAACUCUGCGUGCGAUUUUGUGUUCGUUUAUUUCUAUCGUUGACUCAUUGCUGUGUGAAGAACAGCGUUGAAUGCUCCGUGUCAAGAGUGUGGACCAUCAUUCUCGACAUUUUCAAAUGCUCUCGUGGGCCGGACGGUGCUAUACUAGUGCUUGGCAGGCAAUGGUUGCUCUCAAGUAUUAUUUUUCGCAUGGCAUUUUGUUUAUGCCAGCAUAUAGAAAAAGGUGCACGAUUUGAACUGGAGAAAGAACUGGAGAAGCAUUUUUGAUUGUAAAACGAGUUCAG